AGUAAUAACAGCGUUAUUUAUCUUGUACGUGUCCGUCCCGCGUGUUUUUCCCUUUCUUUUUAAAACCGACUCGAACACAAACGCAUAUAUAUAUGCAUCAUCCUUACCCUUUCAACUUUUCAUUUUCUCACAAAAAGAUCUCUUCUAUUUGCGUUAAAAUCUAAAGCUUUUUUUUUGUCUUUUGAAUCAUGGAGUGUAGACCGUUGGAUCUGACGAUUAUAUCCGCGGAGGAUCUCAAAGACGUCCAACUGAUCGGCAAGCAGGACCUAUACGCCGUCGUUUCCAUCAACCGCGACGCGAGGACGAAGCAGAAGACGAAGGUCGACAAAGACUGCGGGACCAAACCCAAAUGGAGACACCAGAUGAAGCUCACCGUCGACGACUCCGCGGCGCGCGACGGUCGUCUCGCCCUCGUCGUCGAGAUCGUGGCGGAUCGUCCCAUCGCCGGUGAUAAACCCGUCGGAGAGGUUAGCGUUCCGGUGAAGGAGCUUCUGGACCAGAACGACGGCGGCGGCGGGGAGGAGAAGACGGUGACGUACGCGGUGAAGCUGCCUAACGGGAAGGCCAAAGGUUAUCUCAAAUUCUCUUUUAAGUUCGGUGAAAAGUAUACUUUCGGGGGACCUUCGAGUGGGCCUGGCCCAUUGACUCUGGAGCAUAAGUCUAUGGAUCAGCCGCCUGUCACGGCUUACCCGCCUGGACAAGGUGCACCGGUUGCAUAUCCGCCGGGUCCUUCAGGAUACCCACCACCAGGACAUGACGACAAACACGGCGGCGGUGGUGUUUACGGUUAUCCUCCACCUGGUGGUCCCGCUGGUUAUCCUCCAGCCGGCCCUGGUGGGUAUCCGCCACCCGGAGCAUACGGUGGAUAUCCACCUCCACAGCAAGGAGGCUACCCGGGGUAUCCACCACAGGGUCCAGGCUUUGGAUAUCCGCCGCAGGGUCCAGGCUAUGGAUACCCGCCGCAGGGUCCGUAUGGUUACCCGCAACAGCAAGGUUAUGGUGGUAAACCGCAGAAACCGAAGAAGCAUGGAGGAGGUGGAAUGGGUCUAGGACUUGGACUUGGAGCUGGAUUGUUGGGUGGGUUGCUGGUUGGUGAAGCUAUUGAUGAUAUAGCAGAUAUGGGUGGCGACUUUGAUUUCUGAUCUUCUGUUUGUGCUAUCUUUUUAUGCUGUGAUUAACGUUUUCAAUUUCCUAAGCUAGGCAACUGGUUCUAUGUUUUUUCUUUUGGUGUGUGUGUCCUGUGAGAAAUCAACAUGUUCUGUUUUCUUGUGUUUGUGUUGUUGUUUCUGGCUGUCUCUUAAUGAAAACAGCCGUCAUAUGUUGCUUUCUCAUGUUUUGUAUGAGAGAGUAAUGUGCAGUAAUAAUCAGUUUCCCGUUUUUCAGUAAACAA